AUGACUGGCGACGCAGCAACGCCUUUGGCGGCGAUCAACUCGCUGUAUAGCGCCAACUUACUUGCUCCGGCAUCCGUCAAGACUUCCGCUGUCGAUACCUGGGGCAACAUCAAGAUCCCACGUUUGAGUACUGUUGGUGGUUCAAUGUCUCCAGAUGGAUGGUCGACUAUCCCGAGAUCGACCUCGGCAGAUAACUACACUUCCCUCUCUGGCUUACCGUUGGCCGGACUCGUCAGAGAGGUGCGCCCGCUUCAGGAGCUCACUUUCGAGUAUUCGUAUCUGGAUAUAGAUUGUCCAUCUCCAGCGUGA